AUUAGUCGGAUUAUCUGACCAACCGCUCCAUUCUUAUAAAAAUCCUAAUGACCUCAGUGACAGUUGACAUGUACCUUGGAACUAGCCCCACCACGCGUCAACCCCACCAUUCUUUUCCAAUAGGACCCACCAGAACAAACCAAUGUGCGUCGUUAUUCGCUACGUUUACAUUUCAACUCACAUUCCUAAGAGGCAUCAAAAUCUCUUCACCCACUUGACAGAACUAUUCGUCUUUUUCUGUUCAAUUGGACACGUGUCGUGAAACAAGAACCUCAGUAAAAUGUGCCACCGUUCAAACCCAACGUGGCAAAUAAAUAGCAUGCAGGUUUGGAGGCGGUGGAUUAAAGCUUUGCUUAAGCGCUGGAUUAAUUGAUCUUAUGUGUCAUGUAACUCUCUCUUCAUCGUGUCCUUCUUGAUGCCCCUUCCUCCGCGUCUCAACAUUUACUGCCUAAAUAAAUACUUUUGUUUUUAUCUUCUCUUCAUAUCUUUGUUCCAAAAGAUUAAUCUUUUUCUGAAGAACAAGAAAGUUAACACGCUGUUGAAGUUCUAAUUGCAAAAUGUUGGGGCUUAUGAAGGGUAAUUUUGAGGAAAAUGAUAAUGGGAUUGAACUACGUUUAGGUUUAUCACUUGGGGGAAGUUAUAGCAAUAAGAAAAUGGAUUGCAAUUCAGAUGAUAAGAUGUUAAUAGAGCGGCAGACGUCUCAAAAGAGGGCAAUACAUAGAGAAAUUAUGGAGAAUGAAGAACUAAUUCCAAAACAAACAGUUCGUGGGAAAGGGGAAAUUGGUACUAUUGGCAAUGAAAGUUGUACCUAUGAUGAAGCUGUAAAAAGCUUGAAUCUUUCUUUGAACCCAGAUUCAUAUGCAAAUAAUCAGAAUCUUACAGUUCUAUUAGAGUCCUAAAUUUGUACUGUUAGCAAUGAAUGUUGUACCUAUGAAGCUGCAAAAUGCUUGAAUGUUUCUUUGAACCAGGAUUCAUAUGUAAAUAAUCAGAAUCUUGCAGUUUCAUUUUGGGCUCAGAAUGCUGGGAAGAGGAAAUAUAUUGUCAGGGUUUUAGGAUUUAUAAUGAAAAUAGGGGUGGGAAUAUGAGUUAUGACCAAUGUGGGAGUAGUGAAUCGGAGGAAAAUUUGUCUGGAAAAAGAAGUUCUAAGAAUUACGGAUCAUUGUCGAAUGUAUAUCAGGAAAGAUGUUCGUCAACAAUUUCAGAAUGCCAAAGUUCGUCUCCAAAACGUGGCUUCGCAGGUAGAAGCAAUAAUAACAAUGCACGCGGAAUACAAUCGAGUAUUUCAGGAAGAAAAGAUGCACAUUUUGAACUACUAACAAGUAGUGUCAUUAGAGAAGAACAGGACCAAACAGGGGAAAGGAGAAUGCAGUUUGGUGCUAAAAUUGAUUCAUCUUUCAGUCCAAAAAGCAUCCCAACUAAAUCUGAUCCGAUCAAUAACCCAAUUUCCACAACUCAGGCAGAUGUAGGUCCAUGUUCUUCUCCUUUGAAGCAGACCCCAAAGACUGAAGUCCAAUUUCCAUUACUUUCUCGGAUGCGGUGUGUUUCAGCUACUGGAAAUAGCCCAAAUGGGAAGAAGAUAAAUGGGUUAUUAUGCAAGUACAACAGCAAAACGGAUAUAAGCAUUGUAUGUUUUUGUCACGGAAAAUCAUUUAGCCCUUCUGAAUUUGUGGAGCAUGCUGAGGGUGUUGAUAUAUCCCAUCCUUUGAUGCCUCCAGUGUUCUUGAUGGAACCCCAAAUGAUCUUCAACUUCCUUUUUUUUUUCUUUUCCUUUCUUCAAUCUGUUUUGUCUUAUAUUAUGUAGAGACAGGUUUAAAUGAAGAGACAUGAACCAUGAGGACUAAUAUAGUUGACUCGAAAUUUUGCUUGGACGGAGGCGUGGUUGACAGUGUAGUUCUUUCGUAGUGUCAAGCAACUGGAACUCUGUAACAAUGUAAAGUUUUGCUAGUUGUGUGGAAAUAGGACUAUUAUAGAAGCUUGCUUUGUUGGA